CCCCGCCCACGCUCUUCCGGAUUCAUGUGUUGUUUAGUAGUACACAUGUAAAAGCGCAGAGAUGAAACGCUCAAGAGAAAUAACACUGUAGGAGAGGAACAGGAGCUGUCAUUGACUGUACUAGGGUGGAUGAGAGGCAGGUGUUAGACAUGGACGGGGUCCGGUGGGCGUUCCGCUGCGGUUCUUGGGUUCCGACCCGUUCAGAAUGGACACUGGCAGCCCGAUGCAUUCAGCCGGAAGAGAAAGAACGAAUCGGACAGUUCGUAUUCGCCAAAGAUGCGAAAUCUGCAAUGGCUGGACGUCUUCUGAUCAGAAAGCUGGUGUGUGAGAAGAUGGGUUUUGUCUGGGACGGGUUUCGACUGGAAAGAACAGCACGUGGUAAACCCUACUUGCCACUCCCCUCAACUACCACAAGCCCCGCCCCCAGCCACACCCACUGGAACUUCAACGUGUCCCACCAGGGAGAUUAUGCCGUGCUGGCAGCAGCACCCAGACGCCAGGUGGGCGUAGACGUGAUGAAGACCACCAGACCAGGUAGCAGCUCUGUGCCGGAAUUUUUCCGUAUCAUGAAUCGUCAGUUCACGGAUCUGGAGUGGACAAACAUUCGGGCAGCCGGUUCAGACUGGGACCAACUUGAUAAUUUCUACAGGCACUGGGCAUUGAAGGAGAGCUUUAUCAAAGCGAUUGGCACAGGGCUGGGCUUCGACCUGCAGAGGGUGGAGUUUCACAUCUCGCCCAAUCAGAUGCAAGAGGGUCAAGUGUACCGGCAGACACGAAUGUACCUGGACAAUGAAGAGGAGGACUGGAUAUUUGAGGAGAGCUUAUUGGACAAAGAUCAUCACGUCACCGUGGCGCUGGGAAAGCCAGAUAUCUGCACGUCUAAAGAGGAUGAUGGCCAUUUUCGUGAGGCCCCACCCCUCUCCUUCACACUCUUGAGUUUCAGUGAUCUGGUGUCUAGAGCCACGCCCCUAUCAGAGGAAGACCCCGCCUACUGGGAGAGUUUUCAGCGCAAAAAGGAAGCACUUUCAAGGCAAAGCGAAUGGUGACCCUUGACCCUAGCAGGAACCCUUGCAGCAAGAGCGCCCCCUUACUGUCAGCACAUUUAACCAGAAUAUUUUAUUGAAGUAAAGGACAUCUUUUGUAUAUUUUCUUUGUGCUUUUUUGUGUCACUGCUGUUAUGCAGUACCGUUGGCACUUCAACAGGGUGGGAAUAAAGAGAAGUGAAUUUA